GGCAUCUGUAGCUGGGUGGUUUUGGGUGGUUCGCAAGACCGGGCAGUGGUGGGUGAGUGUGUGGUGUGAGCACGGCCUUCCCUCCUGCUGCCUCCCUGCCUGCCUGCCUGCCUGCUUGUCUGUGGCUCCCUUCUUUUCAACUGUCAGGGUCCUCAGAAGGGGAGUGACCCGUGGGGUAGCACCAUGGCUCCGGGCGACGGCAGAGGCGGCGGCGGCGGCUUUCGAAAGAUGAUGCUGGGAGGAGUGCUUCUCUCCCUCUCCCUCCUGCUCCUCCACCUUUACCCUGUGCAAGGAGAGAACCCGUCCUACAGAGAAUGUCAGCCUCACAUCGACGCCACCAUCAGGAACCUGGCGGCCAAGGCGAUAGUGGCCGGGGAGACGCCCUCUGAGGACAUCAAACCUGAAGACUAUGCCAUAGACGAACCAGAGACGCCGGUAUCGGAAGAACCAGACGAACCAGAAGAGGUGGAGGAAGCAGAACCGGAACCUGCAGUGGAACCAGAGGCUGAAAAACCGGAAGAAGAACCGGAGGAAGAACCAGAAGAAGAACCGGAACCUGAAGCAGUAGAGGAAGAGGAGGAGGAGGAGGAGGAAGAGGAGGAAGAAGUAGUAGAACCAGUAGUAGAACCAGAAGAACCAGAGGAAGAGGAGGAAGCGGAACCAGAAGCACCUGCAGAACCGGAGGAAGAGGAGGAAGAGGAGGAGGAGGAGGAAGAGGAAGAAGCACCAGUAGAACCACCAGUUGAACCCGAACCAGUGAAGCCAGUCGAACCAGAGAAGCCAGCAAAGAAGGAACCGAAGAAGGCUUCCCCGAAACCCGCCGCGGAGGAGGAAGAGGUAAGGAAGAGCCACGAAGAGAAGGAGGAGGUGAAAGAGAAGGUAGAGGUGAAGGAGGUGAAAGAAUUAGGUAAGGAAGAGGAAGAAGAUGAUGAUGAGGAUGAUGAAGAGGAAGAAGAGAUAAAAGAAGCUGCGAAAGAGGAAGAGGAAGAAGAGGAGGACGAUGACGAAGAAGAGGAAGAAGAAGCAGAAGCUGUAGAAGAGGAAGAGGAAGACGAGGAAGAAGAAGAGGAAGAAGGAAAGGCAGCAGCAGAUGAUGAUGACAAGGAAGAAGAAGAAGAGGAAGAGGUAACCGAGGCCGCAAAAGAAGAGGAAGACGAAGACGAGGAGGAGGAGGAGGAGGAGGAAGAGGAAGAGGAAGAAGAAGCACCCGCACUCGCAGAAGACGACGAGGACGAAGACGAAGACGAGGAGGAGGAGGAAGAAGAGGAGGAGGAGGAAGUAACAAAGGCCACAGACGAGGACGACGAAGAGGAAGAAGAAGAGGAAGAAGAGGCUCCGGCUGUUGAAGAAGAGGACGAUGAAGACGAAGGCGAAGAAGAAGAAGAAGAAGAAGAAGACGAAGCACCGGCAGUCGCAGAAGAAGAAGAAGAAGACGAGGAGGACGAGGAGGAAGAUGAAGAAGAGGUAACAGAAGCCGCACAUGAGGACGAAGAAGACGAGGAAGAUGAAGAAGAAGAAGAAGAAGAAGAAGAGGAAGAAGAAGAAGAAGAAGAACCCCAGAAACCCGCAGCGAAAGAGGAGACGAAGCCCACGCCCAAGCCCACGGCCACGCCCACACCAGCGCCCGUACAGAACAUUGGCAUCUUCAACAAAUUCAUCAAGCUUAUCUUCGGCCUGCCAAAGGAGGAGCGCGACGCCAAGUGGUCCCAGCCAUGGCAGACACACCCGGAGCACCAGAAGAAACCCGCCGCGGUUGAGGAGGAGGAGGAGAAGAAGGUGUACGGGGCGAUGGGCGGACCUAUUGACAAGCUGGUGCGGCUGAUCUUCCCCGUGAAGGAGGUGAAGGAGAGGGAUCCUAAGUGGGCGCAGCCGUGGCAGACACACCCUGAGUUCGCAAACAAGAAGGAAGAACCGAAGGAGAAGAAGUCCGAGAAAGAGGAGAAGGUGGUGUACGGCGCAAUGGGCGGUCCUAUUGAUAAACUAGUAAGGCUGAUCUUCCCCGUGAAGGAGACGAAGGAGAGGGACCCCAAGUGGGCGCAGCCGUGGCAGACACACCCAGAAUUCGCCAACAAGAAAGAAGACCAGAAGGGGAAGCCAGUAGAGGAGGAGAAGAAGGUGUACGGGGCGAUGGGAGGACCUAUUGACAAGUUGGUGCGCCUGAUCUUCCCCGUGCAGGAGGUGAAGGAGAAAGACCCCAAGUGGGCGCAGCCGUGGCAGACACACCCUGAGUUCGCCAGCAAGAAGGAGGACCAGAAGGAGAAGAAGCCCGAAAAGGAAGAGAAGGUGGUGUACGGCGCAAUGGGCGGUCCUAUUGAUAAACUAGUAAGGCUGAUCUUCCCCGUGCAGGAGGCGAAGGAGAGGGACCCCAAGUGGGCGCAGCCGUGGCAGACACACCCAGAAUUCGCCAACAAGAAAGAAGACCAGAAGGGGAAGCCAGUAGAGGAGGAGAAGAAGGUGUACGGGGCGAUGGGAGGACCUAUUGACAAGCUGGUGCGCCUGAUCUUCCCCGUGCAGGAAGUGAAGGAGAAAGACCCCAAGUGGGCGCAGCCGUGGCAGACACACCCUGAGUUCGCCAGCAAGAAGGAGGAGGAGAAGAAGCCCAAGAAGGAUGAGAAGGUGGUGCACGGGGACACUGGCGGACCUCUGGACAAACUGGUGAAGCUUAUCUUUAACACCGUAAAGGAAGGCACCCCGCGUGACCCCAAGUGGGCCCAGCCUUGGCAGACACACAAGGAGCACCAGAAGCCCACACCACCACCCAAAGCCGAGCCUGCUGCCAAGCCUGCACCUAAGCCUGCUCCAGCACCUAAAGCCGAGCCGGAACCCAAGCCCAAACCUGCCGAGCCUGCCCCGGCACCCAAGGCCGAGCCAGAACCCAAGCCAAAGCCUGCACCUAAGCCAGUGAAGGAAGAACCUGCACCCAAGCCAGUGAAGAAGGAACCUGCUCCCAAGCCUGCACCUAAGCCAGUGAAGGAGGAACCCAAGCCUGCACCUAAGCCAGUGAAGGAGGAACCAGCACCUAAGCCCGCACCUAAGCCAGAGAAGGAAGAACCCAAGCCUGAACCCAAGCCUGCACCUAAGCCAGUGAAGGAGGAACCAGCACCUAAGCCCGCUCCUAAGCCAGUGAAGGAAGAACCAAAGCCUGAACCUAAACCUGUCAAGGAGGAGGCUGCCCCCAAGCCAGUUGAAGCCCCCAAGCCUGUUAAGCCUGAGGAACCCAAGCCUGUCAAGCCUACGUUUCCAGCUGAAGGUGACGAGGGACAGGAUGAAGAUGGUGGCGAUGGUGAUGACGAUGCAGGUGAUGAUGGAGAAGAGGAAAGCGUUGGUGAAGAUGACGGUGGUGACACAGAUGAUGAGGGUGACGAAAAUGAUGAGGGUGAUGAUGAUGAUGAUGAAGAGAAACAAGCGGAUGAGAAACAAGAGAAGAAGGGAAAGAAGAGACAAAAACGAGACGGGAAAGGCAAAAAGAAGAAGGGAAAGAAGAAAGGAAGAAAGGAAGACGAGGAAAAUGAGCGGAAACUUAUCAGAAAGGAGAAGAAGGGAAGAGGAGGAGGGAAAAGCGAGACUGGAGGUCCAGCUCCAGCUCCUGCCGCGCCCCCAGCUGCUAGCCCCCCACCACCUGAUGUCCCCAAAGCCGCCGGGAAGCAGGUACUGGAGCAGGAGGCACCGAAGGCCGCACCCGCUCCUGCGCCGCCUGCACCAAAGGAGGAAGAGCCGAUAAUUGUGAAGGCUUCUGGUCUGCGCUCACGUGACCGCCUGGAGGCUAUCCUUGGACUAGACGAGGUGUCCAAGGACGUGGCCUCUCGCGUCAACCCCAUCGCUGACGUGACCCUGAAGGAACUGAAGAAGGUCUAUGAAACGACCAUCGUGCCCCUGGAGACCCUGUAUAAGUACCAGGACAUCUCCAACAGACACGUAUCUGACGCAGAGCUCUUCGGCACGCCCCUCGUCCUGCUGCUGGGGCCUUACUCCACCGGCAAGUCCUCCUUCAUCAACUACCUUCUGGGAAUUGAGCACACCAGGCGAGCCCUCAAGACAGGCGCGCCCCCCAGCCAGGGUGUGUUCCGCGUGGUUCAGUAUGGGGAGAGGGAUGCGGACCUCGACGGUACAGCUCUGAGCGCCCAUUGGUCCUUCAAGUCCCUUCAGAAAUUUGGCCAAAACUUCGUGGACCAGAUGCAAGGAAGGAGUCUGCGUGAACCUCUGCUGAAGAAGGUGACCUUUGUGGAGGCGCCCGGAAUACUGGAGAUGCGGAGGCCCGGUGAGCGCAUCUACCCCCUGAAUGACGUGCUGCAGUGGUUCAUUGACCGCGCCGACCUCAUCUUGGUCAUGUUCGAUUACACCAAACUAGACGCCGGCUACGAGAUGGAGGCUGUGCUGGACCAACUGAAGGGACGCGAGGCUCAGACACGAAUCCUGCUAAACAAGGCUGACCAGAUACCUGCGGAGGAGCUCAUUAAGGUACAAGGCAGUCUCUUCUGGAACCUGAGUCCCCUCCUUGGUGUGUCCUCCCCUCCUACAGUGUACGCCGGUUCCUUCACUUCUCAACCCUACCGCUCCGGCUCCCCUGCUAAGCUGUUCCAGGCACAAGAGGAAGCUCUCCUCACCGACUUGGCCAACGCUGUCAACUCGAGAGUGGAGAACCGCAUUGCCAUCGCCCGCCGCCAUGCCGUACGUGUGAGGAACCACGCCCAGAUGGUGGACACCUACCUGACCACCUUCUUCAAGAACAAAGGCUUCCUCACCUCCAAACACAAGCUGGCCGAGGACAUCAUCGAGAACCCGCACUCCUACAACAUCUACGAGGGCAUGAGUCUCCUCACGAACAUCUCCCGAUACGACCUGCCCGACCCUGAGGUGUACCGGGACUUCUUCAGGGUACACAACCUGUACGACUUCCAGACGCUCAAGGCCACCUGCUCCUACUUCAAGGGUUGCCCGCUCACCAAGAUCGACGAAGCCAUCAGCAGUGACCUGCCGCAGCUGCUGGAGCGCUACCGCCGCCUGGUGGAGGUGGCCCUCACCGCCCCCGCUCCCAAGGCUGGCAAGGCCGCCCCCGUGCCAGCACCGCCUGUCCGGGGCAACGUGCCCGCCGCCGCUACGGCCCGCACCUCCUGAGCACCCACACUUCCCGGCGCCCAGGCGGCCCCGCCAGCCCGCGGGCCGGGGCGCCGCACCGCCACACCGCUGCCGUGUGAUACGACAAUGUUCAUGUGAGACGCGGCUCGUCCAGCAAGCACCGCCCGCAGCAGGCGGGAGUAAGGCGGAGCCGAAGGUCACGCCCCCGCCCUACCCCCGCACCGUGCCCCGCCCGGCACACCCUACUGGAGACUGGCGCCAGCCUGACGUCACGGAGAGGACGACUCCCCUCCGAGCGGCGCCCGGCUGAGCCCCGUCCCCGCCCCCACCGCCUCCCGCACCCUGGCGCCGCCGUGACCUGCAGGUGGGGCGCGGGGCAGAUGAGCAGGGCCCUGAAGCGGCCUGCCGCCCACACGCCACAUGGAGACCCGAGACUCUCGCUACGCCGCACGCAGCACGCCUGCCGCUCAGGAAAGUAGCGACCCGAGCAUUCCAGUCCCGCAGAUGCCGCCGCCCCCGCGUCUGUGUCGGACGCGGCACCGCACGCCUCGAGGCUCCCCGCGCAUCAGCCGGGGAGCGGCGGCCGCGCCCCGCUGGAGGGCGUGCCCCUAGACGUAAGCAUUGUGUUAAGAGGGAUGAGUUACUCUAGUCAUUAUCAGCAGAGCCGCGACGCCCUGAGCCUCGCCCCGCUCUGCGCCACUCUCUCACUGGAGCCGCGUCGGGCCGCCGCUGCUACCGACAAGGGCGCGGCGGCGGACCCGACACCGCCCCGCUGCCCACUGGGCGAUGCGGGUGUGGAUGCUCCGCGACACACGAUACUCAGAUUUCGACCCCGCAGUGGACGGGGCGGCAGCGGCCAACCCCAUCCCCCCGCGGCCCCCGCUGCCCCGCCCGCCCCGCUGACUGACUUGUUACUAAUUGUUACUAUUACUAUUACUAGGUAGUUGUGAAAACUUGUUUUUUGUGUGUGUGUUUAGCUCAGAAAGUGAGGGGCGCCGUGCCGCCAUACCCUCACGCCCGGCACUGUGCCCACACGCCGCAGCACUAUAUAUAGCAGCAGCAGAAGCAGAAGCAGCAGUAGCAGCAGCAGUAGAUCCCCGCCUCGCCCGUGGCCCGUCCCUCGUGUCAGUAGUGUAGCCCAGACGAGGCCACCGCGGCUUGCCUCUUGCACAAGGAUAUAUUGUUUUCCCCGCAGCCACGCGCCGGGGCCCGCCUUCCCGCCCCGCGGCGCGCCCCUCCCAGUAGUCUGCACCUGUACUUAGCUUGUUGAAAGCGGCGUGAGGGACCCGUGGACGCCCCAGAGGUCCAACACAAUCUUGCUCUUCGCAGACUUGCAGCUCAACCCGACACUGCGUCACGUCUCUGUACAAACUGACACCACACACCACGCCAUGCCACACCACACCAUACCACACCCUUGUUGUGACUCACGCACGGCACACACACACACACACACACACACACACACACUAUACACGACACGCAAUCCCCUCCCCUUAAAAAAUUGUUGACCUGCCAAUCCCGUGCGCCAGGAAGGUCAGGUCAGGUUAGGUCAGCCGUCCUUUGACCUUGUGAUAUGUGUGCAUGUGUGUGUGUGUGUGUGUGUGUGUGUGUGUGUGUGUGUGUGUGUGUGUGUGUGUGUGUGUGUGUGUGUGUGUGUGUGUGUGUGUGUGUGUGUGUGUGUGUGUGUGUGUAGGCGCAAUAACACAAUAUUUGAGGGAGUGUUUAAAAAUAUAACAUAUACGAGGAA